AUGGCGCGCCAGGGCGACAGGUGGCACUUCCCGGGCGGCGGGUCCAUGUUCCCCGACGGCGUGGAGGGGUAUCUGUACCACCUGCGCCAGAUCGUGGAACUGGGCCCCAACGUGCGGACUGCACUGGAUAUUGGAUCAGGGGUGGCCAGCUUCGGCGCGGCUCUGCUGGAUUACGGCGUGCUGACCAUGUCCAUCGCCCCCAAGGACUCAUACCGCGCCCAGAUCCAGUUCGCCCUUGAGAGGGGCCUGCCCGCCCUGAUCGGGCUGCUCGCCACGCACCGCCUGCCCUUCCCUGCGCGUUCCUUUGAUCUGAUUCACUGUUCCCGCUGCUCCGCUUCGUUUGGAGAUGAGAACUCCACGCAUGUGUACGAGGUAGACCGGCUGCUGCGCCCCAACGGAGUCUUCAUCCUGGCUGGGCAGCCGGUGGCGUGGCGGGGCAAGAUCGCGGAGUGGAAGCGGCUGCGGCUGCUGGGCAAGGCGCUGUGCUGGGAGCUGCUCAAGACCGUGGGGAACGUGGCCGUGUGGAGGAAACUGGGAGGCGACGCGUGCCGCGUGGGCGUGGAGGGGGAUGGGCGGGAUGUGCCGCUCUGCUCGCCUGCUCUUGAUCCUGAUGAUGCCUGGUAUGUGAAGCUACAACCAUGUGCAGUGCCCUCCGCACCCCCCUCCUGGCCCACCCCCCCCUGGCCCAUGCGCCUGCACACCCCCUCCCCCCGCGUGCAACUCGCCCUCCCCGCCUCCUCCAAAGCCUCUCUCUCCGACUGGCUCGCUGAGUCUUCUGAAAACGGCCAGACCUCUGCCUCCUCCUCCUCCUCGUCUUCCUCUUCUGCUUCGUCUGCUGCUGCUGCUGGUGCUGCUGGUGGGGGUAGCAGUGGGGGGUUAGAUAGGGCUGGUUUGAAUGGGGAGAGAGGGGCGGAGGGGGGCGGUCGUGGUGGGGGAGGGGGAGGGGGAGCAGGGGAUGGGGGAGAGGGCGACGACAACCGGAACGUAGUGGGGAGAGUGGAGCUAGCAAGCGCAGGAGCAGUGAAAGUGGUGGUAGAUGGGAUACUAGCACAGGGAGGCAAGGACGACGACGCAGAGGAGGACCGGGAAGGCGGGCGGGGAGGGGGAGGGGGAGCGAGGGAAGGCCGCAGGGACAGCGGCAACAACCCCCAGCGCCGGCUGUUGCUUUCAGUCGACGAGGAACGCGAGGGGGGAGGGAGUGGGGGCGGCGGCAGUGGAGGCGGGGGAGAGACGGAGCAGUUCAAGCUGCUGUCUCUGGAGCGCAAGCGGUGGCGCCGGCGGUUGCUGCACUACCAGAAGCUCUUUCUCGGGCCUCUCCUCUCCUCGGGGCGUGUUCGAAACGUGCUGGAUAUGAACGCGGGGAUCGGGGGCCUGGCAGCAGCUUUGGAGGAUGAGCAACUGAAGGCUGAGAGGGAGAGGGAGAUGGGGAGGGGGGUGGGGAGGGGGAGGGGGAGGGAGUUGCAGCAGCAGCAGGAGGAGCUGCAGGGAGGGGGGGUGUCUCCGGUGUGGGUGAUGAAUGUGGUGCCUAGUACGGGGCCCAACACACUGCCUGCUAUCUAUGACCGUGGGCUUGUAGGCACUGUGCAUGACUGGUGUGAAUCAUUCUCAUCGUACCCUCGCACCUACGACCUCAUUCACCUCCUCUCCACCGCGCCUCUCAUGCCCUCCAAGGAGCGCUGUGAGAUUGCAGACAUAGUCGUGGAGAUGGACCGACUCCUCCGCCCAGGAGGCACUGUCAUUGUGCGCGACCUCCCCGGGCCUCUCGCUGUGGUGGCCCAGGCAGCUAGAGCCGCCCAGUGGUCUCUCGCCUUCUUCCCUCCGGAGACCAAGAAAAGCCCGGAGCGCAUUCUUGUGGCCACUAAGCCAGUGCCGGCUGGGUUUGAAGGGACAGACUCGCUGGGAGGAGACGGGGAGAGUGAUGGGGAAGGAGAGGUGGAGGGUUCUGAUGGGUUGGUAGGGGGGGGUGAGGGUGGGGAUGGUGAGGAGCGGGGUGGGGGAGGGAGGAGGGGGUCUGAUGGGGAAGGUGGAGCGGGUGGGGGGGUGGCGUUUGAAGGGAGAUCGGGUAUGGCUCAUGCAGCUGCAGCUGCGGCGGCGGCAGCAAUUGAUGCCAAGGCCGGAAGCGCUAUUCCUCCUGGAGUGAAUGUUUUCCUUGUGCUGUUGCAAGCAUAUGGAAUUGUGUUGUCUCUUGCUUCUGCGUUGCUGGAAGCGGAGCUGGACGUAGUCACGAAGUCUAUGGAGGGGAUAGUGUGCGUCGGUGAACUGAAGAAGGACAUCCAGAAAGAUAAGGAGAAAAAGGAAGAGGCAAAGAAGGAAAUAGAGGAUUUGGAAUCAAGGAGGAGAAAGCUUGAGCAUGAUCUUGCAUGCUAUGAUUGA